UGUGUCCAUCACAGCUGUUUCAGUUUUGAUCUGAUGGUAAUACGUUGUUUUUUUGCUCGACCAGGUAGCAGAGUAGUAUUGCUAAAUAUUCAGAAACACGAAGAAUAUAAAUAAGGCGAAUAUGUAUUUAUUUAUUUUAUUGAUGUUGUGUUGAGCUCACUGCAGCCGUUUAAAACACAAAUAGAUAUUAAUUUUUUGGGGGAAAAAAUUAUUGCUUUAUUGUCUGUUGAGGAAAUACACCUAGCAAUGCGCCUGCCCCGUGCUUUUAAACAGAAGUAUAACAUAAAACAUAUCAAGCAGGGAAGGUAGGUGAUUUCCAAGAUGGGAUGAUCCAAAUACAAGUACCGCUAUAACAAUGUGGUGUGUAGAUGUUACCAGAAACGUGCAUGUGGAAUACAAUAAACACGAUGUCUUGAAGUUUGUACAGCAGGGUGUUCAGGUAUGGAAAUAAGACUCUCCCACUGCAUAGCAGUUUAAUAACAGUAUUAUGAUAUCCAGUUUAACAAACGUUUCAUUUUCAUACAACGACCCCAUAUAGUAAAGAACAGUAAGGCUUAGGAUACUGUUGCUUUGCUUGAAAAUGCAUGUUGUGAACUGAAAUGGUCUUUAACCUACUUGCAAGCAGUGGCACUGGAAUAAUUUUGGCUGAAAGCCAUUGAACAAAACUGUAACCCCUGCUAAUGAUGGAAGCCAUGCAAAACCAGGGGGGGCUGCCGCACCCCCAGCACCCCUAGUUCCAGCGUCCCUGCUUGCAUGGUGAUUGUACAAUGCCACUAGAGACCCGCUUUUCAAUUAUUAUUCUGAACGGAACGCUGUCUGGAUUCACGUUUGGAAAAGGGCAGUCUGACCAUAAACCAAAUGGGAAGAAGUCCACAAUUCCAAGAAUUGGGUGAAAACUCCUGUCGGUUUAGCGCAGGGUUCUUGCAGGCAGCUCGGAGAAGACUUUUUUAAAAAAAAAAUUACACACGCGAGAAGCCAGUCUAAGUGUGUUUGUGAUGUGGUGUGCUGGGGAGUGUUUGCAGCUCCGCUUCUCAAUGAGAAUGGUUGUAGGUCAGUGCCUUGUGCUGGGCUGUGUAUCAUUAAUCAUGCGCUAACAGUCCUGGCAAAGCCUGAUAUUAAAAGCACUGGUUUAUUGCUCUAUACCAAAAGUACUCCUCUGUGGCUACUGGACUCUGGGCUAUGUAUGAGUCAGAUUUAAUUAUUAUAACCCAAAUACACCCUGCUGCCAAGCACAGCAUAGUCUGUGCCACAAAGAAAGAAGGAAAGAAAGAAAAAGAAAGAAAGAACAAAAGAAAGAAAGACAGCAAGCAAGCAUCCCUUCAAAAGAGAUUUAAUAACCCUGCACUGAAAACAUCACAAUGGCAUCCUCUCCCCUAAUGACAUUAAAACAUUGCCGGACAGCAAGCUAGCAACUCAUCGCAGGGGCCCUGGGCAUAUCCCUGCACAGUGAUCAGACUGUAUGGUUUAAAUGCAAGUCCGAUGUACUGUGAGCAUGUUUCAACAGAAGGUGGGGGCGGUCAAACCUUUCUCCUUCCUCUUCCUCCCCAGGUUCUAUCGCUGUGUGCUCCUCCACGUUCCCCCCCCCGGAAACAUGGCUGUUGUGCGGCAGUUCCGCCUCCUUUUGUGGAAGAAUUACAUCCAGCAGAAGCGUCAGAUUGUCGUGACGGUCAUCGAGAUCGCCCUCCCGCUGCUCUUCGCUGCUAUCCUGAUCAUUCUGCGGCAGCGCGUCCCCUCCAGCACCUUCCCCAACGCCACCUCCUUCAGCAACUUCUCUGUCACGUUCCUCCCCCAGCCCCUGGGCUGGGAGAAUCUAGAGCUGGCCUUCAUCCCCGGCAAUGUCAGCACGGUGAGGAGCCUCGCCAGCGACGUGGGGAAGCAGUUCAAACCCGGGCUGAGAGCUCGUUAUUUCGAUACAGAAGCCGAGUUUGAGAAUUCCAUCCGGAAUGAUCCUGAAUUUGGGAAUAUCCUGGCUGCAGUGGUGUUUGAGCACCCCUUCAGUCACAGGGACGAGCCUCUGCCUCUGCAGGUGAGCUACCACCUGCGCUUCAAGUACAGCCCUCGAAACGCCCCGGCACGGGAGAGGACGGGGCUGAACCCCAACAGUGACCGGGACUGGCACACCCAGAAGCUCUUCCCCCUGUUCCAGCUCCCUGGACCCAGGGAACGGGACUACAACCACGGGGGCACCCCAGGGUACUACCGAGAGGCCUUCCUGGCGGUCCAGCACGCGGUGGACCGGGCCGUCAUUGGCUUGUACGGGAACGGGUCCGGAGCGGCUCUGCUGGAGAAGGUCUCGGUCAGCCUGUCCCGGUUCCCCUUCCCCCCAUUCGUCAACGACGUCUUCAUCCUGGCCAUCCAGAACCAGCUGCCCCUGCUCCUGAUGCUCAGCUUCACCUACACAGCGCUCAACAUCGUGCGAGCCGUGGUGCAGGAGAAGGAGAGGAAGCUCAAGGAGUACAUGAGGAUGAUGGGGCUCAGUAACUGGCUCCACUGGACAGCCUGGUUCAGCAUGUUCUUCCUCUUCCUGCUCAUCUCAGUCUUCUUCGUCACGCUGCUCUUGUGUGUCAAGGUGAGUCCUAACGGUGCGGUGCUGACCAAUAGCGAGCCCAGCUUGGUCUUUGUGUUCCUGCUGACCUUCGCCGUGUCCACCAUUGCGUUCAGCUUCAUGGUCAGCGCUUUCUUCUCACGAGCGAACGUGGCAGCCGCGGCAGGGGGCUUCCUCUACUUCUUAUCCUACAUCCCGUACUUCUUCAUCGCCCCGCGCUACGACCUGCUGUCUCAUGCGCAGAAGGUGUCCGCCUGCCUCAUCUCCAACGUGGGUAUGGCCAUGGGGGCGCAGCUCAUCGGGGUGUUCGAGGGGAAAGGGACAGGAGUCCAGUGGAAUAACCUGCUGGAGCCGGUGAGCGUGGACGAUCCCUUCUCUCUGGCGCAGGUCCAUGGCAUGCUGCUGCUGGACUCGCUGCUUUACGGGCUGCUGGGCUGGUACGUGGAGGCGGUCUUCCCAGGAGAGUAUGGGGUGCCGCUGCCCUGGUACUUCUUCAUGCUGCCCUCGUAUUGGUGCAGCACCCCGUGCCUGGCCCUGGUGAAGGAGAAGGAGGUAGAUGCAGAGAAAACUCUGAAGGGAGAGUUCAUUGAGGAGGAGCCGGUCGGGCUGGUGUCGGGGGUCAAAAUCAAACACCUGGCCAAGGUGUUCAAAGUUGGCAACGUGAUUAGGGAGGCAGUGCGAGACCUGACCCUGAACAUGUAUGAGGGGCAGAUCACAGUCCUGCUGGGACACAACGGGGCUGGGAAGAGCACCACGCUGUCCAUGCUGACUGGUCUGUUCCCCCCGACGAGCGGCCGUGCCUACAUCAACGGCUACGACAUCUGCCAGGACAUGGCCCUGAUCCGCCACAGCCUCGGGCUCUGCCCCCAGCACGACGUGCUCUUCCACAACCUGACCGUCCAGGAGCACCUCCAGUUCUUCGCACAGCUGAAAGGGUAUUCCCGAGAGAAGACCCCGGACGAGGUGGAGCGGAUCUUGAAGAUCCUCAGUCUGGAGGACAAGCGGCAGUCCCUGUCCAAGACUCUGUCUGGGGGGAUGAAGCGCAAGCUGUCCAUCGGGAUCGCGCUCAUCGGAGACUCCAAGGUGGUGAUGCUGGAUGAGCCCACAUCGGGGAUGGACCCCGCUGCCCGGCGUGCUACGUGGGACCUGCUGCAGAGCCAGAAGCGCUGCCGCACCAUCCUGCUGACCACACACUUCAUGGACGAGGCUGACCUACUCGGGGACCGCAUCGCCAUCAUGGCUGAGGGAAAGCUGCAGUGCUGCGGCUCGCCGCUGUUCCUCAAGAACAAGUAUGGUUCCGGCUACCACAUGGUGAUCGUGAGGGAGCCCCUGUGUGACGUGCCGGAGAUCACACGGCUGGUGAAGAUGUACGUGCCCAACGCCACCAUGGAGAGCAGCGCCGGCGCAGAACUGUCCUACAUCCUCCCCAAGGAGAGCACUGACAGGUUUGAGCUGCUGUUUGCUGAGCUGGAGAUGAAGCGAGAGGAGCUGGGCAUUGCCAGCUAUGGAGCGUCGGUCACCACGAUGGAGGAGGUGUUCCUCAGGGUGGGGAAGCUGGUGGACUCCAGCCUGGAUAUCCAGGCCAUUCAGCUGCCAGCCCUACAGUACCAGCACGAGCGCCGCUCACAUGACUGGAGCCGGGAUGACGCCAGCAGCCUGAGCAGCAUGACUGACAUCACGGACGACAGCGAAACACACAUCUCAGAGGACUGCUCCAACAUCAAACUCAACACGGGGGCGAUGCUCUUCCUGCAGCAGUUUUACGCCAUGUUCCUGAAGAGGGCGCUGUACAGCUGGCGCAACUGGAAGGUGAUGGUGGCUCAGUUCCUGGUGCCGCUGGUCUUCACCACACUGGCGCUGGUCGUGGCACGCACCUUCCCCGGGGCCAACGACUCCCCCCCACUGCGCCUGGCCCUUAGCCACUAUGGCCCCACCUCCGUGCCGGUGGCCCUUGAACCCGGGGCCAGGCCCCUCGCUGCGGCCCUGGCUGCAGCCUACACCGGGCAGCUCCCAGACCAGCUGGGACAGGCCAGGAACAUCUCCGACCUUCCAGAGUACGUGUUACUGGCCUCAGCAGAGGAGGGAGGAGCCUUUAAUGAGCGCUGCGUGGUGGGCGUGUCCUUUGGAGAGGGGAGUGAUCGGGUGAUGGCGACGGCAUACUUCAACAACCAGGGGUAUCACACGCCCGCAACCGCCCUGCUGCUGCUCGACAACGCCAUCUACAGGCUGGUGGCGGGACCCAACGCCUCCAUCAGCGCAGGCAACCACCCCCAGCCACGCAACAUCUCCGAGGCCGCCCGCGACCAGAUCACCGAGGGUCAGACCGGUUUUGCCAUCGCCAUUAACCUGAUGUACGGGAUGGCGUCUCUGUCAAGCACCUUCGCGCUGCUCAUGGUCACCGAGCGAACGCUCAAGGCCAAGCACGUGCAGCAGGUCAGCGGCGUCUACGUCUCCAACUACUGGCUGUCUGCCCUGCUCUGGGACCUCAUCAACUUCCUGAUGCCCUGCGUGCUCAUGCUGGUGGUGUUCAGAGCCUUCAACGUGCGUGCGUUCACGCAGGACUACCACCUGGGGGCGCUGCUGCUCAUCCUGCUGCUGUACGGCUGGGCGGUCAUCCCGCUCAUGUACCUGUUGAGCUUCCUGUUCUCUGUCGCCGCCACAGCCUACGCCCGCCUCACCAUCUUCAACAUCCUGUCGGGCACCGCCACCUUCCUCGCCGUCACCAUCAUGGGCAUCCCCGAGCUGGGUCUGGUGGAUCUGUCCAGGACGCUGGGCAAGGUGUUCCUGCUCUUCCCCAACUACUGCCUGGGCAUGGCCAUCAGUGACUUCUACCAGAACUACGAGUUCUUGCAGUUCUGCACUUCCUCCUUCGUGAGCAAAAUCAUCUGCCUCAAGUACAACGUCACGUACCAGGAGAACUAUUUUGCGAUGGAGACUCCGGGGGUGGGGCGCUUCCUGCUGUCCAUGUCAGUGCAGGGCGUGGUCUUCAUGAUCUUCAUCUUCAUCAUCGAGCUGCACUUCCUGCAGAGACUGACGCAGCUGUGCUGUGUGCUGUGCAGGAGACACAAGAGGGUGGCAGCGGUGAGUGGCGCCGCCCUGCUGCCCGAGGACAGAGACGUGGCGGAAGAGAGGAAGCGCGUCCUGGAGUGCCAGCCGGCGGUGGAGUCCAUGGUGGGGAGCCCCCUGAUUCUGCAGCAGCUCAGCAAGGUGUACAGCAGCGGUGAGACCCUGCUUGCGGUGGACCGGCUCUCGCUGGCCGUCACCAAGGGCGAGUGUUUCGGCUUGCUGGGGUUCAACGGCGCCGGGAAGACCACCACGUUCAAGAUGCUGACGGGGGAUGAGACGGUGACCAGCGGGGACGCCUUCAUCGACGGCUACAGCGUGCUGAGCGACAUCAAGAAGGUCCAGCAGCGGAUUGGCUACUGCCCUCAGUUCGACGCCCUCCUGGAUCACAUGACAGGGCGGGAGACCCUGCGCAUGUAUGCGCGGCUGCGGGGGAUUCCUGAGAAGUACGUGGGGGGCUGCGUGGAGAACGUGCUUCGAGCCCUGCUGCUGGAGCCCCACGCAGACAAACUGGUGCGCUGCUACAGCGGGGGGAACAAGCGGAAGCUGAGUGCGGGGAUGGCGCUGAUCGGGGGCCCGCCGGUCAUCUUCCUGGACGAGCCCUCCACAGGGAUGGACCCGGUGGCCAGGAGACUGCUGUGGGAUGCUGUGACCCGGACCCGCGAGUCAGGCAAGGCUGUGAUCAUCACAUCCCACAGCAUGGAGGAGUGCGAGGCGCUGUGCACCCGGCUGGCUAUCAUGGUGAACGGACAGUUCAAGUGCCUGGGCAGCCCACAGCACCUCAAGAGCAAGUUUGGCAGCGGCUACACCCUGCUGGUCAAGAUGAGGGUGGAGGAGGAGCAGGACCUGCAGCGACUCAAGGACUUCAUUGAGAGCACCUUCCACGAGAGCGUGCUCAAGGAUGAACACCAGGGAAUGGUGCACUACCACCUGACUGACACGACUGUCACCUGGGCUCAGGUGUUCGGGACAAUGGAAGCCGCCAAAGAAAAAUACAGGAUCGAGGAUUACUGCGUGAGCCAGAUCUCCCUGGAGCAGGUAUUCCUGAGCUUCGCCCAGUUCCAGCACUGCGCAGAGGGGAGGAGGAAGUAGCAGUCCCUCCAACACACCCCCCACCCCCUCCCAGGAGAGGCUGGGCAAGGGGUGCCUUAAUGGGAACACCUGGUCUAGACACCUGCAGACCUUCACUGUCUCAAAGCCUGAAGAAGGGAAGUGCUUGAGCGGAGCACACUAGCAGCAAUGCGGUCCACUCUCAUGUACUUUAUAUACAAAAUACUUGAUGAAUUAACAUAUGUGAAUAUGUUUUGGGGAUUUUCACCUGUCUAUGCUGUUGGCGUGCCUUCGGUUAUGGACACUCCUAGCUUCUUUCUCUUUUGGCAACGCCCCCACUGCAUUGGCAGCGGCUGUGUUUUAGCCUGAAGUCCUGUAGUCUAAUCCAGGCUGACCUGCUUUUUUUUUUUUUUUUUAAUUAUUAUUAUUAUUAUUAUUAUUAUUUUAUUUUUUAUAUAUAUAUAUGGUCUUAACUGUUCAGAAGGAAAGUGAGGGAUUUGCAUCCUGGAAUUAUCGCUACAAAUUAAUUCAUGUAGAUCAUUUAAGCUUUAGUUUUAAAAAAAAAAACCAAAAAAAAAAAACAGUAAUAUCUUGAAGCAGCAUUUUGCAAAAAAUGUAUAAAUAUUCAUUUGCAUGAUUCCAUUGCCUUUGAAUGAAUGUGUAUGACAGGCACACUGUGUACAGUAAUUGUGUGAUGCAUGGCAAAGGAAAAAUAUGUGCCCUCUUGCAGCAGCUCAGGUAUUGGUGGAAUCAUUUCACUUCUGCAUUCAAAAGACUUUGACGUCUGCUUGUUAAGGCCACAUCAGAGGUAUGAAUGGGUUAUAUACAGAGGAUCUACAGUACUCUGAGUGGGGCUGUGGUGUACAAAAUAUAAACACAAGGUGAUCAGAAAGUAAGCUAACCACAUCAGUGAUAUGGUGCAUUGAUGUGGUAACUUACUUUCUAAUCACCCUGUAUAUAGAGAGGUCAGCCAUGCUGCCCUCCUUACUGUAUCAAUGCAAGUUGUCACUUUAUUAUUGACAUUCCGUCCUUUACACAUCAACUGUCUCUCCGAACGUGUGACUGGCUCAAAACAAGCAAACAAGCAAGGCACUUUAUUGAGAUGUCUAAUAAGGUACUGGAGGUAAAGCUGCAGUCUUUACAGAAGAAAUCUAUUGCUUUGUGUGUUUGUGACCGAUGUGCUUGUUUCUGUGUAGACCGCCAGUGCAGCUCACACUAGUCUCACAGCUCUUCUGACAUAUUUAAGUUGACAUUUCUCUUGUGAUAGGACCUGUGACAAUGGCAGAACUGCGUCCUCCAGAUUAGCUAACUAAGUCAUGCGAUUGACUGUAGAAAGGGAAUGACUGAAGUGCUGUAUUGGGGAUAGGUAAUAUGUUGAUGUUUUGUUUUUAGAGUACCCAUGACACCUAACUUUGCUGCACUGAUAAGUGUAAAGAAUUGCACUACUGAUUUCUGAAGCAUACAUGCACUAAAACAUUAUACUUGAUUGGGUGGGGUGGAAGACUGACACAUUUAGCAAUACUGGAUCAUAAAAGGGGUUUAUAGGGAAAUGCUCCGAAUGUGCAAGUCUGUUAAAUACGUUGGUUAGAUUAUCCAAUAACAAUCAUGUUAGAGGUUCUUAAGAGAUAAAAAAAAAAAAUAAUUGUGUGUCUCAUCCAAUCGUCUGGAUUAUUACAGUCCUUAGCCAAGUUCUUGAAGGGAGUUAGAAUCGCUACGGUCAAAGUGACCUCUGCUUAAGUGUGACUAAUCAAUCUGAUGAAGCUUUGCAAGGACAUUUUUAUUUCAAGAGCUCAUUAAACGUACUGCAACUGCAGAUCCCGGGGAUGCACGUUCUCACAGUGCUGACAACGCUGAUUAAUGUUGGCGGUUAUCGGUAGAGGCUGUGUCUGGGGACCUCUAGUCAGGGCUUCAAAGCUUAGCAUGGACAUUCGUUUUUGCGAUGUUCUGUUUGAUGUAGGUGUAGCUGCUUUUUCUUUCUUUAAAUCAUUUUCAAUGGUACUGACACCUAUAAUUACAUGUUUGUAUAUUCAACAGAGAUGUGUCUUUCUCACAUGUUUUAGUUUUUUUUAAUUGCGCGUUUUUUUUAGUUUUUUUUUAUAACCCUGUUUUACUACCAGGGUUUGGGUCAAUUCCUGUGUUUUCAAUUCCAAUUCCUUUUUAAAAUCAAUUCCCAAUUGCAAUUCCUUCGAAGGAAUUGGAAUAUAAAUUUAUAGUUUAGAGACAUUAAAUCACAUUGUGAUUUAUUCAGCUGCUUUCAUUUGAAGCCAAUUUAAUUGACUAACAGCGACUUCAGUUGAAGUAAUUUGCUGCCACUGUGAGAAGCUCAUUUUAACAGAAUACUGCUAAUUGUGUUGGAAUUGAUUAAAAGGGAUCCGGAAUUGGAAUGAGAAUAAAAAAAAUGAAAAAAAACAGGAAUUGAGCCCAAUCCUAUGCACUCUUCUAUUGGGAUUUUAAUAACACUGACAAGCCCUGCAAUAGUAUGUUAUGGGUAUGUGAUCAAGAAAGUAUACUGCUGUGUAUGCAUUCAGAAACAAAUGAAUACCUGUAUCCUGAUUGCAGUUUAUAAGUGAUACCUGUGGCCUUACUGUAGUGUACAUGUAGAUGGAUAAAUACAUAUGUAGGUACCUAAUAUAUAUAGAUUAUCUUAUCUACAGUAUCUGUCGAUCACCUGACAAUAGCGUGCUAUAGGUAUAUUCAUCUUCCAUUAGUAUGCAGUAGAAACAUAUGACAUGUUUGAACCGAUCUUUGACCAACUAUGGUAAGCCACGGAUAUGAAUGACCUCACAGUAGAAUACUAUGCAUAUUCACAUUUGUACUGUACAAACUUGCAAGCAUAGUAUUGUAGCUGCUGGCUUGUAUGUCCAUGUGUAUUACAUCGAAGACAGAUUGCUGACGGAAAGGCAAAAUUGCUUUUAGCUUGGUAGCAGGGGUGUGCAGAAUAUUGUGGUUUCACUUUGAUCAGUAGAAAUAAUAAUCCAAUAAUUAAAAGCAGAGUACCAGCCACUGCUGCUGUUCUGUGUGGCCAUGGGGUGCUGCUUUUCUCUAGGUUAAAAGAAAUUGAACUUUUUGUGUGUGUGUGUGUGUUUUUAAUUAUACAUUCAAAGUGCAAUUUGGAGGAAUGCAACUUCAGAUGACUUGUAAAUGCAGACAGCAGUGUGAACAACCUGUAAUGGCCCAUAUAAAAGUUGAAAGCAUUACUUUAUCUGCUCGUAUUGUUACUAGUACUGCAACUGAAAAGAAAGUCUGUAUUUUGCAUUGUUUGCAUUUUGUUUUUAAUGUUGUUUUGUUUUUUUUAUGAAUUUGAAUUUUUGAAAGAUUCCGAUUACCCACACUCCAAAAGUGGAUCAUUAAGAUGGUCUGCGUGGUUUAUAAUCCCAGUUCCGAGAGCCUAGUGCUGGCUGUGACGCUGUAUGAUGAUGGAAUUGGGUCUCUGCUUUGCCCUGGAUAGCUGUGAUCAUUGUUAUCCAGUCUGAUCUGUCUGUUAGUGAGGUCUUUCCUCCCACAGGGGUAGGAUCGCUGGCAGUCAUUCUAAAUAACAAUGAGCGAUUGUCUCCAAGUUUCAGGAUGCUUUCUGUGUUUUGUUUUUGUUUGUUUGUUAUUUUGAUUAUGGAAUAUUUGCACCUUGAAUACCAUGUCCUUUUUAUUUUUGUUCUCUAAUAAACUGUACAACAAUGCAA